AUGAAUGGUUGCAAAGAAGUGGAGGACCCACAAUCGGGACAAAAUGAAAUGGCGCUAUACCGGUAUAGGAAGCACAUUACUGGUCAAAAGCAGGCGGCCGUUUCCGGUGCCCCGCCCACCGUGUUUUUUAACCGUGCCGGCACACCAGCCGGCCUCGGCAAAUCCCUCGCCCAAAAAGUACACUCAGCAAACCACUCCCUAAUCGCCACAGCCCAUGCCCCUCCACCCUCACCUACCUCUCCCUCCAACGACCCCAACAUCCUCAGGCUCCCCCUCGACGUAGCAAACCCUACCUCCAUAACAACCGUCAUAAACACUGCAGUGGCCCACUUCCACCGCAUCGACAUCGUAGUCAACAACGCCGGCAUCAGCCUCAUCGGGGACGCAGAGGGCAUCCCAGAUGAGGCACGGGGGGGUCCGAGAAACGAACUUCUGGGGUCCGGUGAAUGUUGCCUGUGGGGCAGUGAGAGUGUUUAG